AUGCCUUUGCAAUCAAAUCCGACUUGGCCAUCAGUGACACCAGCAUCGGAUUGCAAUGCAGAGAAAGCACUGAUAAGCUGGGAAACGGCACCAGUAGGAGCGCCACAAGAUGUAGGAGGAGCAGUAGUGGGAGCGGCACAAGGGUUAGAUACAGGAGCUGAAGACACAGCAGCAGAAGAAGCAGCAGCGCUAGAGGAGGCAACAGCUGAAGAAGCGGGGGCAGACGAAGCAGCAGCGCUAGAGGAGGCAGCAGCUGAUGAAGAAGCGGCGGCAGACGAAGCAGCAGCGCUAGAGGAGGCAGCAGCUGAUGAAGAAGCGGCGGCAGACGAAGCAGCAGCGCUAGAGGAGGCAGCAGCUGAUGAAGAAGCGGCGGAUGACGAAGCAGCAGCACUAGAAGAGGCAGCGGCGGAUGACGAAGCAGCAGCACUAGAAGAGGCAGCGGCGGAUGACGAAGCAGCAGCACUAGAAGAGGCAGCAGCGGAUGAAGCAGCAGCACUAGAAGAGGCAGCAGCGGAUGAAGCAGCACUAGAAACAGAUGCAGAGCAAGAAGCAGCUGAAGAAGCAGCUGACGAUGCCGAAGCAGCACAAGAAGCUGGAACGGUAGCCUCAGCACUAGGAGCAGUUGUACUCUGGGAAACGGCACCAGUGGGAGCGCCACAAGAUGUAGGAGGAGCAGUAGUGGGAGCGGCACAAGGGUUAGAUACAGGAGCUGAAGACACACCAGCUGAAAAAGCAGCGACAGAGGAAGCAGCAGCUGAAGAAGCAGCAGCGCUAGAAGAGGCAGCAGCUGAGGAAGAAGCAGCAGCGCUAGAAGAGGCGGCAGCGGAUGAAGAAGCAGCAGCGCUAGAAGAGGCAGCAGCGGAUGAAGAAGCAGCAGCGCUAGAAGAGGCAGCAGCACUAGAAGAGGCAGCAGCGGAUGAAGAAGCAGCAGCACUGGAAGAGGCAGCAGCGGAUGAAGAAGCAGCAGCACUAGAAGAGGCAGCAGCGGAUGAAGAAGCAGCAGCGCUAGAAGAGGCAGCAGCGGAUGAAGAAGCAGCAGCACUAGAAGAGGCAGCAGCACUAGAAGAGGCAGCAGCGGAUGAAGAAGCAGCAGCGCUAGAAGAGGCAGCAGCGGAUGAAGAAGCAGCGACUGAGGAUGAAACAGCAGUGGAUGAAACAGCACUCGACGAAGGAGCUGCAGAGCUUGAAGCAGCUGUCGAAGAAGCUACUGAACUUGAAGAAGCCACCGAUGAAGAAGACGUAGAACAGGCACCAUUGUUUGCAGGAGUAGAAGGACUGGGUCCUAACGUAACUGAAUACUGA